UAUUCUCUUAUGCUACUAUGCAGGCAAAACGAGAUCCUUACCGCUACCGUUUUCCAAUUGAGAUGCGAUUGGUCCAUCCUAACAUCGACCACCUUAUUUUCAAUAGGUUUGAUUCUCCUCCAAUCUUUCAUCGUGAUGGGGAUGAUAAUCCGGAUGAAUUAUCACAUGAAACAGGAAGAUAUUUGGUCCCAAGAAGAAGACCUAAGUCGAAACCAGAAGAUCGACCAUUGUUGUCAGAUCAUCCUUACGUUGAUAAGGUAUGGCAACUCCAUGUUUCAGAGCAAAUGAUUCUGGAUGAUGAAGAGAAGAACCCUGAUAAAUAUAAGAAGGGGAGCUCAACACCCUCUCCUGAUUCAGAAUCUGUUGCUAGUGAUGAAGACAGUGUUGAAUACUCUGAGGGUUACAUUGGAAAAGCUUUAGUUCCUAAGAUGAUUCUGAGAACAAAUAUAAAAGAGUUGGACUUGGACGCUGCUCGUGCUGAACGACAGCUCAACAACAAACUUAAAAAGGAAGCAGAAGCAAGAGGAGAAGAAUUCAGAGUAUCCAAAUUGCGGAGGCAUCACGAGAUGGAUGAAUUGGAUCUUAUCCACUGGCGCCGCUCAUUAGAGGAAAGAGAAGCUCUAAUUAGAGACAUCAGUUGUCGUCGUUCUCUUGGCCUUCCUGUGGAAGAGCCGGGGAGGUAUGCAGAUGAUAACUUCUUUGGAAAGGACAGUUACGACCCCACAAGUCCCUUGUAUCGUUAUGACUACUGGGGGGAGCCCAAGAACUCAGAGAAAAGCAGAAAAGAGAGGGAAACUGAUACCCACAACAAAUCAAUUGUAGGGAGAGGGACAGUUUGGUAUGAGAUGUCUUAUGAGGAUACCAUCAGACAGCGGAUGCAAAGGGAAGCUCGAGCCAAGAGGAUGCAACCCAAAGAGGCUGAGGCUGGCCUAAAGGAUGAGGAUUCAGAUUCGAAUUCUAAUUCUGAUACUUUCAUAAGGAUGAGUGGUGGUGACAAGAAGAGCUCAUCAUCGAAGACGCCCCUUGUGAAUGGGACCGAAUCCUCUAGCUUGUCAGAUGAAGGCAUGUUUGGAAAUUAAUGUAAACAUUAAAUGUUUUUGUGGUAAAUCACUUGUCUGUGACAUGAGAAAAAUCUCUUAUUUAUGACUUCCAUCUUCUCCUUAAAGUCUGAUGACUAUAAAAUACUGUAACUGAGUAUUGCUCCAUUUUUAAUUGAGGGGCAUAGAAGGCAUUUUAAACAAUGGAGCAGUGUUACAUGGA